AUGAGCUCUAUCGAAGAAUCGUCAGAAUCGGAAACAUAUCAAGAUUCUGGAUCAGAGUACGUACCUACUGAUGACGAAAUCGAAUUGCAUGUCACAGAGAAUACAUCGAUGACAUCGAAGCAGUUCAAACCUAAGAAGCAAGUUCGUAAAACUAAAACAUGGCAAAGGAACUCUAACAAAUUCAAACGGUGUUCUGGUAUGGAGUAUAAAACCAAAUUGAAUAAAACUGUUAAAGUCAAAACAUUCAACGCUGUUGACUGCAGCUGUAAACUCAAAUGUACAAGUUUAAUUUCACAUGAUCGUCCAAAAAGAUUUGCAUACACAUUUCUAUUGUCUGCGUACGUUCGAAGAAAAAAAACACGGAUUUAUAUUUUACCAAAUGAAAACGGAGAAGAUCAAAAGGUUUGCAAAUAUUUUUUUCAAGCUGAGUUACAAAAGUUUGCUGGUAGACUGGACAGACUUUUGAAAAAUAAAGCAGUAGGAGCACCUCCACCUUCCGAUCGUCGUGGAAAACAUCCUCCAGCCAAUAAGACAACAACCGAAAGGGAGACUCAAGUAAAGCUAUUUAUUCAAAAGAUUCCAAGCUAUAAAUCACAUUAUUGUAGAGAAAAAGGUAGCCACAGAAAAUAUUUAUCACCCGAUUUGAGUAUGGGAAAACUCUAUAUGCUGUAUAAGACAGAAACGGUGAAUCCGGUAUCACAUUACAUUUUUGGUAGAAUUUUUAAUACUCAAUCCAAUCUACAUUUUCAUCCACCCAUUAGUGAUUCAUGUAAGAAAUGUGAUAUAUUCAAUAUAAAGCUUAAAGCUGCAAAUGAGGAACAAAAGAUAUAG